AGACCACUGACCACAGACCAGACCACUGACCACAGACCAGACCACUCUCUAGUUCCUAUUCUCACACACUCGUUGCUACUGAGAGGUGAGAUGGAGCAGAAAGGAGCUCAUCUGGACCAGGAGACCUUCUCUUUUAUACAUUUAACACCAGAAGACCAAAAGUUAAGGAAUAUUUUAUCUGUUUAAAUUAUUCCACGCUGCACCAAUCAGGUCAGGCUUUAACCGGAAGUUACGGGAUUCCCCCUUCAAAGUAAAAGUAGGGAUGCACUACAGAAAAAAAUGUUGUGGACGAUGACAAUAAUACAAAGAUUGCAUUACAAUAAAUAUGAGAGUGUUAUGUUUCCUGUUGAGAGAGAUGAUGAUGACAGAGGCUUCGACAUUUGGCUUUUCAAUCAAUACUUGAAUGCAUCCUUAAAGGAAAAGUGGUUUCACACAGAGAAACUAAAUAUAUUAAAUUAAAUUAAAGCACAAUGAACGCAUAAUAAAAAAAUAUGUACGAAAUUUAAAUUAUUAUAUUAAUUUCAUAGUUCAAUCUUUAGUUUCACACUAAUCUGACUAAAAUCGGUCCGCAUAAUAAAAUAAUGAUGAAUCUUUCAACCACUAAUAUAACUAAUAACUAAUAACACAUUAUUUCGUGUAGAUCCCUUUUUUAGAUGUGUGUGUUUAUUUUAAAUGUAAAAAAACAAAACACCGUCACGCGUUUACUCUGAAAAGCCUCGACCGGAAGCUGUCAUGUGUGGUGUUUUUAUUUUUAUUUUGAAAGCCGGUGUGUGUUUCCGGUGUGUGGGCGAGGCUCGGAAGACGGUUUGAGGGCGAGCUUCAGGUUUUACUCCAAGAUUUAAAGAAGAAGAGGAAGAAGAAGAAGAAAAAGAGGAAGAAAAAGAGGAAGAAGAGUGUUUCUUCACUUCCGGAACAGAAGCCAGGAGGAAACUUCCCGAUUCUUCGAUGCUUCAGGAAAUGUUCUCUCCGUUGGAGCGGAGCUUCUGAUUCUUCACCAGAAGACCACCAUGUUCUUCUCCGGAGCCGUCACAAGUUCACCAAUCAAACGGAGGUCACGAGGUCACUCCUGUCAGAGCCUCGACGUGUCGCUCCUCUCCCCCGACUCCUCCUACGUCUGCUCGCCGGCGGCGGGCGGCGCCCCGAGCUCCUGCCGCCGCUCGCCGCGCCUCCUCACCAACGGGUACUACGGCGUCACCGAGGACAGCUUCUCCUGGGACGGGGACGGCAACGUGUCGCUGACUCCCUGCAAGGCCAGCGUGUCCUACAAGGAGAACCCGGUCCGGGUCUUCCGGCGCAGGCGGCGGACCCGGCGCUCUCUGGCCCGCCUGCUGAGCGACGUGACGGAGAGCUGCCAGUCCUGGCUGGACGAGAAAGUCUUCGGAGGCGUGUUCAGGACAGGACAGAACCAAAACCAGAUCCUGGACCAGGACCAGGACUGGGCCAGGACCAGCCAGGAGGGCCCGGUCCCGUUGGACGAGUCAACCUGGUCCGGGUCUAGGUUUUACAGCACCGAGCUGGACGACAGCCGCAGCUUCACUUACGACCACACUGAGAUCCCGCCCCCUCCUGACAAAGUGGCCCCUUCUCCGAAGAUGCUCAUCCAGGAGGAGAUUUGUUCUGAGAUCUGUCAAUCAAAGGAGCAGUUCACCCAGUUGCUUGGUGGCCUCUCUGAAGUCCCGCCUCCCUCACCGUACUACACCAACAGCUGCUGUCAGGCCUCACCUGAGCACGCAGGGUUCACGAUGAAGGCUCUUCUCUUCCUCUUCACCGUCUUCAUCCUCACUGCUCUGUCCUCAGGGUGUCUUUUGUGGAGCGCGACCGUCACGUCGAGCGCGGCGGCGGCGUUGAUGCUCGUGACGAAGUCGGGGCCGAUGGCCGAGUGGAGGAGGGCGAAGACGGAGGACAUCACCUCAAGAAACGAGUAGAAAGAGCUUCAGGAGAGCGUUUCCAAAAGUCUGGAGCGUGAGACUGGAAGAGGUCUGUGGAAGACGUCUGUGGAAGAGGUCUGUGGAAGAGGGAAGAGGUCUGUGGAAGAGGUCUGGUGGACCCAGUAGAAGUAGUUCACAUCUUUAAUAACCGUUAGCAUGAACGCUGCAUCUCAUGUUCGAUGACGAGCUUUGAAGUGGAAACGUUCAGCAUCUCAACCUGUCAGUCCAAAGCGAGGGACUCGUUAACACAAGUUACUGUAGUUUAAUAUAAAUGAUGCAUGUCUGUAAUAAUGUAAAUGUAUCUUCUAUUGGUAAUAGUUGAACUCCAAAGUGACCGAAUGAGAACAAAUUCAGGUCCGACGGCGGCGAGCGGCGCUGUAAAAGCCUCACUUCUUUUCAAAAUAAGAGCUCAGAAAAACAAACACAAAUGCACAACACGCUAGUUGAUCUACCUGGAAGAUCAGGAAGUUCAGGAAGAUACGUGAGGAAAGUAAGAGUUUUAUUCCAAAAUGAAACGACAAAAAGAGUUCAGCUGCACUGGCUCCGGUUUUAUUGUGAAAAUCUGAAUCACGGCUUCCUGGAUGGAGUUCUGACAGGAAAGAGUUUUGCUGGUGCAAAAUGUCAAACGUUUAGUUUGUUGACGUCACCUGAUUGACAGGUCGGUGGGCGGGGCCAAGGACUCUCCCAUGACGUCCACGUGUUUGCAUAAUGACCUCAUUGACAGGUCGGUGGGCGGGGCCAAGGACUCCCAUGACGUCCAUGUGUUUGCAUAAUGACCUCAUUGACAAGUCGGUGGGCGGGGCCAAGGACUCUCCCAUGACGUCCAUGUGUUUGCAUAAUGACCUCAUUGACAGGUCGGUGGGCGGGGCCAAGGACUCCCAUGACGUCCACGUGUUUGCAUAUAGAACUGAUUGACAGGUCGGUGGGCGGGGCCAAGGACUCCCAUGACGUCCAUGUGUUUGCAUAAUGACCUGAUUGACAGGUCGGUGGGCGGGGCCAAGGACUCCCAUGACGUCCACGUGUUUGCAUAUAGAACUGAUUGACAGGUCGGUGGGCGGGGCCAAGGACUCCCAUGACGUCCACGUGUUUGCAUAUAGAACUGAUUGACAGGUCGGUGGGCGGGGCCAAGGACUCCCAUGACGUCCACGUGUUUGCAUAUAGAACUGAUUGACAGGUCGGUGGGUGGGGCCAAGGACUCCCAUGACGUCCACGUGUUUGCAUAAUGACCUGAUUGACAGCUCGGUGGGCGGGGCCUACCCAUGCGUAAUGCUACCUCAUGAUGAUGAGUUCAUACUGAGAAUUAAAUCCGAUGUUAAUCUUAAAUGAAGCUAAAUGGCGUCCCUUCACGAGCAGGUCGUCACCCUCCCGUUUCUUCUGCAUUUUAAAUAUGAAGAUUGUGAGUUUUUGCAUUUUGGAGUAAAGCUCUUCAUCUGUUAAGUGCCUUUUAUAUCAGCUUUAAACGAGCUGCGGAAACAUUAACGCAGACCGGAGGUUUGAGUUCUCCUGCAGGGCGUUUAGAUCUAAAAUUAAAUAAAAGAAAAUUCUAAUAUAUUUGUUACUCUGAGAAAAAAAUAUAUAAAGCAGAUUAUUGUUUUUAAUAGCAACAAAUAAAUAAUACUGUGAAUAGAAAUGCAAAGCGGUCCUGGAAAUAAUAAAUCAAACAAUUUUAAAGAAAUGAAGAAAUGUACCUUUUUCUGUAAAAUUGGUGUUGGAUAUUUCUCUCAUUGCGUAGCUUAGCGUAGCUUAGCGUAGCGUAGCUUUACAGUUCUAUUCAACCAAACCAGUUUAACCAACGAGCUGUAGACGUCCUUUAAAGCUUAUUUGUGAAGCGUGCGUAGAAAACAUAAUUCAUAACGCAGUUGUGUCGUUUUGAGGGUUCUUCAGGCUUCUUCACUUCACUCUUAUUUUGAAACCAAAGGUUGUACUUACACGAGGAAGCAAUAAUUCAAAAGAGAAAUGAAUGUUUGCAUCGGGAAAAGAAGCGAGGCUCAGAAACGUAAAGAAGUACCGUGUGGCUUUAUAAGGUUUCUGACUUUAUGAAGUUAGAUUUUUCAAAUUCAAUCAUGUUUUAGGGCUCAAACGAAGCCACAAAAACUCGUCAGUUUUGUAUUCACUCAAAGUGCCAAAAAUAAAUCUAUAUAUUACUAAUAUUUUUAAUACAUCUCUGAUCGGCUUUUAGCUCCCGAUUCUGGUUUUAUGGCUGAAAAUAGGAGCCACAUCUUGGUUGGUGGAGACCAAAGUGGAGCUAAAACAGCGUGAAUAUUGUACUCAUAUUCAUCGGACAGAAAUGCCUCUCUGUAAACAACGUAUCCUGCCCCCUGGUGGCCACAAGCAGCGUUAACUUAUUCAGUUUAAACGUGGAGUGCGUUUUGGGAGUUUUGACAGUUUUCUUUAUAUAAUCGACAUUUAUGAGGUAAAUAUUAAACGUACUGUUACGGAAAUACAUUUAAUACGAAUAUUCUGGAAUGAAUCAAACCUUUUAGAUAAGCACUUGUUUGUGAUGUAAUGCAGCUACUACACACACAAACACACACACAUUUAUAUUUAUAUAUAUAUAUAUAUAUAUAUAUAUAUAUAUAUAUAUAAAUAAAUUGUUUUCUGCACUUCUUUCCAACGAUGGAGAUAUGUAACUGUGGCUGUAACACUUAUUAUAUCUGUUUAUUCCACUGUACUUUUUAUUUUGUUAAAGUCUGAAAACUGUAAAGAAUUCAACUUAAAACGAACAAACUGGAUUUAAAUUUAAAAUCUGACACAAAAACAGAACUUAUACUAUAAGUAUUAUUAUACAAGGUUUUGGAAGACGAGUUUCAAGGUCCAAUUGUUUACAGUGUUUUGCAUUAAGUGUUUUGUCGAUAUGAAUAUUUAUCGUCCAAUAAAUCAUUAAAUAUGAAGACAGA